AUGUCUCGAUCGAACCCCCCUAACGCUGCGGGGUCCCGCAAGAUCUCGUUCAACGUGAGCGAGCAGUAUGAUAUCCAGGAUGUUGUUGGUGAGGGCGCCUACGGUGUUGUCUGCUCUGCUAUUCACAAGCCCUCUGGCCAAAAGGUCGCCAUCAAGAAGAUCACUCCUUUCGAUCACUCCAUGUUCUGUCUAAGAACCCUGCGAGAGAUGAAGCUGUUGCGAUAUUUCAACCACGAGAACAUCAUCUCCAUUCUCGAUAUUCAGAAGCCCCGAAACUACGAGUCAUUUAAUGAAGUCUACUUGAUCCAGGAGCUGAUGGAGACGGAUAUGCACCGAGUCAUCCGCACCCAGGACCUUUCCGACGACCACUGCCAGUACUUCAUCUACCAGACCCUCCGCGCCCUCAAAGCCAUGCACUCAGCCAACGUGCUGCACCGAGACUUGAAGCCCUCCAACCUCCUCCUCAACGCCAACUGUGAUCUCAAAGUCUGCGAUUUUGGUCUUGCGCGAUCUGCUGCUUCGCAGGAGGACAACUCUGGUUUCAUGACUGAAUAUGUCGCGACUCGAUGGUACCGUGCGCCCGAGAUCAUGUUGACUUUCAAGGAGUACACCAAGGCUAUUGAUGUGUGGUCGGUUGGCUGCAUUCUCGCCGAGAUGCUCAGCGGCAAGCCUCUAUUCCCUGGCAAGGACUACCACCACCAGUUGACACUCAUUCUGGACGUGCUGGGCACGCCCACUAUGGAAGACUACUACGGAAUCAAGUCGCGCCGGGCUCGAGAAUACAUUCGAUCGCUCCCCUUCAAGAAGAAGGUUCCCUUCCGAACUCUAUUCCCCAAGACCUCGGAUCUGGCCCUCGACCUGCUCGAGAAGCUCCUCGCAUUCAACCCUGUUAAGCGCAUCACCGUGGAGGAGGCUCUGAAGCACCCAUACCUUGAGCCUUACCAUGAUCCCGAGGACGAGCCAACAGCACCCCCGAUCCCCGAGGAGUUCUUUGACUUUGACAAGCACAAAGACAACCUGAGCAAGGAGCAGCUGAAGCAGUUGAUCUACCAGGAGAUUAUGAGGUAA